AUGCCAUGGUCCCAUCACUCCCAUUCUGGACAGUUCUGUGGCCAUGCUCACGACAAGCUGGAAGACUGUGUCCUGGCAGCCAUCCGCAAGGGCAUGUCCACUUUCUGCUUAACUGAACAUAUCACGCGGAGUAAUGAUGAUCUGUAUCCCGAGGAGGUCGGCAGGGACGAUGAGGCUACCCUGGCCAAGCUUUUCGAUGAAUUCUACCGCGAAGCACGACGCCUACAGGCUACAUAUGCCGACCACAUUGAGAUUUUUGUCGGUUUCGAAGGCGAGUGGAUACGAGAAGCUUCACUCACCACCAUACAGCGUCUACUCGAAAAGUAUGAGCUUGACUUGUUCGUUGGAAGCGUACAUCACGUGAGAACAAUUCCCAUAGAUUACGAUAUUGCCAUGUACCACGACGCACGGUCUGCCGCCGGCGGUACGGAUGAACUGAUCUUCGAACACUACUUUGAUUCCCAGUACGCCAUGCUUCAGGCACUCCAGCCGCCAGUAGUAGGACACUUCGACUUGAUUCGCUUGAAGAGCGAUAGCCCAAAUGGCAGCUUCCGAGCUAUGAGUGGCGUCUGGGACAAGGCCAUACGGAAUCUGAAGUACAUUGCUGAAUAUGGCGGGAUACUCGAGCUCAACUCCAGUAGUUUGCGAAAGGGGAUGGUCGAAGCCUACCCACAAGUAGAGAUGUGUCAAGUUUUCCUCGAGCUCGGAGGUCGUUUCACAUUGUCCGACGACAGUCAUGGUAUCGAUCAGGUCGGGCUGAACUACGACCGUAUGUUCAGUUGCAUAGAAAAGGCCGGCAUCGACAAGCUCUGGCGUCUUACCCGUGCCCGGCCGGCGUGCCCUACUGACGCCCGCUUUCCAGAGGUUGAGUGGCAUGCAGAAUCGACAUCUGAAUUGAGGCGCCAUACUUUCUGGACCAUCUGA